CGUAAGCCCUAUUUGUCCGGGGGCAUGUGUCCCCCUGUUGGCAGUGUGCCUGCCGUGUAAGCAUCCACUCUCCGCCACCCUCCCAGCAUAUGUACUGUAAUUCGCUUUCUGUAAUCAAGAAGAAAAUGGCAGAGCAGCCCAUCAAAUUCGGCAUACUUGGUUGUGCCAGUAUAGCCCGAAAAGUAUCUCGGGCCAUAAUCCUCUCCCAAAAUUCCACUCUUUACGCCGUUGGCAGCCGAUCUUUGGAAAAAGCAGCCAAAUUCGCUAUGGAAAACGGCUUCCCAGAAUCAGCCAAGGUGUACGAUUCCUACGACGCCGUUUUGGAUGACCCAGACGUAGAUGCUGUCUAUGUGCCACUUCCAACUAGCCUGCACGUGAAGUGGGCAGUCCUAGCUGCCCAGAAGAAGAAGCACUUGAUUUUGGAGAAGCCCGUGGCGCUCAACGUGAAGGAACUGGAUUUGAUUCUAGAGGCGUGUGAAUCCAGUGGGGUGCAAUUUAUGGAUUCUACCAUGUGGAUGCAUCAUCCCAGAACUGCUUCAAUGAAAGAGUUCCUCUCCAAUUCGGAGCUUUUCGGUGAUCUCAAAUCAGUAAAUAGCAGCUUUACAUUUGCGGCUAAACAAGAUUUUCUGGAGAAUGACAUUCGUGUAAAACCAGAUCUUGAUGCUCUCGGCGCUCUUGGUGAUGCUGGUUGGUACUGCAUCCGGUCAAUCUUGUGGGCUUCCGAUUUUGAACUGCCAAAAACAGUGCUUGCUCUGCGUGGCCCUGUCUUUAACAAGGUAGGAGUUAUUAUAUCUUGCGGUGCAUCCUUGCAUUGGGAAGACGGGAAAGUAGCCACCUUCCACUGCUCUUUCUUGGACAACUUGACAACGGAUGUAACCGUGGUUGGAACAAAUGGCACUUUGCAUCUACGCGAUUUCGUUAUUCCAUUUGAAGAGAAAAAGGCAUCAUUUUCUGUCGCUACAAAAUCAGGAUUCACUGAUCUCUUGACCGGGUGGAAGCCGAAGCCAAGUGAACAUCAUGUCACUACAGAUCUCCCUCAAGAAGCCCUAAUGGUGAGGGAGUUUUCUAGACUGGUCGGAAGUAUCAAAUUUGAUGGUUCUAAACCUGAGAUAAAGUGGCCUACCCUGAGCAGGAAGACACAGCAGGUUUUGGAUGCUGUCAAGCUGUCAAUUGAGAGAGGUUUCGAAGCUGUUGAGGUUUAGUCCUAUGAUGCUUUCUAUGAUUUCUGUUGCAUGGGAUUUGUACUUGUCACAUGUAAAAUUACAUUGCUGCCAUUUUAUCGUGUGAUUAAUUUGCAAUCCUUUUCUUGUGCUGUAUCCAGGUCGAUUGCCUGGUUUUUAAUAAUUUAAAUAAAAGUUGAACUGCAACUAUGAAAAUAUAU